AUGUCACAGACACAGCCGUCCACACAGCAAGUCCUCGACCCGCGUCGCUUGGGGAGGAACAGCUCUGGCCUCAACGAUGGCGACAUUGCUGACGUCCUUGUGAUUCUGCAUCCUGCGACAACUUCAGCUAUGAAGAUUGUUGAAAACACUGCCGAAACCCGUCCUCAACACGUUCUUUUCCGCAAUUCUCUCGAUCCUGAUUCGAUGAAUGCGUCUCUUACAGACAUCGAGGAGCAGGAGACCAUAAUUAUAAAUGGCAAUGGAGAGCGGGUAGGUCAGACGUCACGGGCGGGCGCUGAUUUGGCGUUGCGCAUGUCUUCUGCGCGCACGCUGCGCUUCAAAGACCUCGGCUUCGUCUUUGGGCGGAAUCCAAACAGCGCGGACAUCGUCUUUGGUCAGGACUCUGGCAAGCGCAUCAGCAACCAGCACUUUCGAAUCUACCUCAAUCUAGAUGGCAUAUUGAUGAUAGAAGACCUGUCGACCAACGGCACCAUCGUUGACGACCAGCUACUAAAGCACAAGGACAAGCGUUUCAGCAGGACACGCAUGUGCGACUCAGGAUCUAUAAUCUGCAUCCAAAGCUCCAACGAUGCCGACAUGAUCAAGUUUGUUGUCCGCGUUCCUUCACGGGUGUCGCACAUUGAUCGCUUCAGAGAGAAUCUGCGAGAGUUCAUCGCCGAUUGCGCAAAAGGUGAUGACAAGCACAAAGCUGUACAGCGCAUUGGAAAGAACUACGGAUGUCCAACGAUGAAGUGGGACGGUGGAAUCAACUACAACAUUGUCGGCAUAAUCGGCAAAGGAGCUUUCGCGACCGUACACCAACUAGCCACCAAGAUGGAAGGCAAGCUGCUUGCAGCGAAGGAGUUGGAGAAACGCCGCUUCAUGAAGAACGGACACCUCGACAAGAAGAUCGACAACGAGAUGAGGAUCAUGCAAGGCCUGCGGCACACUAACAUCGUCGAGUUCGUGGAGUAUCAUGAUCAGGGCGACUACCUCUACAUUAUCAUGGAAUACGUUCGCCACGGCGAUCUCCAGGCAUAUCUCAACCUCAAUGGGCCCAUGAGCGAAACGCUGGUCAGAAUUAUCGGCCAACAGGUCUUGAGCGCCCUCACCUACCUGCAUCAUUCACAGAUCACACAUCGCGAUAUCAAACCAGACAACAUUUUGAUUGCCGAUGUCGACCCGCUGAAAGUCAAGCUGUCCGACUUUGGCUUGUCAAAAGUUGUCAAGCAUGAAGAAACUUUUCUCAAGACUUUCUGCGGCACCUUGUUGUACUGCGCGCCCGAAGUAUUCCCUGACUAUGGGGAGUCCAAAGGUACCAAGCGAAGACGCGGAACCAAGCAGUACCAUCAGUACAGUUCAUCUGUAGACAUAUGGUCGUUUGGUGCUGUCUUGUGGUAUGCACUUUGCGGCGAGCCUCCCUUCAAGGGCAUUGCUGAUGCCACCGGCCAGGCGAUGUACAACAACAUUACCACUACUGAAUUAAGCUCAGCGCCGCUAGAGCGGAUUGGAGCCUCCACUCCUUGUAAAGACCUUCUCAUGCAGAUGCUCCGAAUCGACCCUUCCGAGAGGCCUGAUGCUCGCACUUGUCUCACUCAUCCCUGGCUGAAGGAAGGUGCUGCUUUUCCGCCAGAUCCAACACUUCAGUCAAUUGUCGAAGAGGAAGAGGAAGAAGCGGAGCAACAGUUGUCGCAACUGAGCAUUGGAGGCGGAUUCGAGGAGGACGAGAUACCCGAAUCAGACGACGAAGCGGACGUAGACGAUGAGCUGAUUGCCCUUGCUGGAGAAAACAGACAAACGAAACGCAUUCGCGCCGAUCCCCUAUAUCCUCGAAACCAGGUGCGCGACCACGACGAAGAGUCCAGCGGCGACGCCUCUUUCCUGUCUGAACAUGUUAUCGACGGGGAGGAAAGCUUCAAGGUGAUACCCACACCUCAACGCCCACGACUCUUCGGUGAGAUUGGCCAAUCUGCCUUGCAAAGUUCUGGCAUUCUGCACGACCAUGCACACGAGGCACUCUCAGAGCGCAACGUUACCGACUCUGACUACCGCGACAGCGCAGCUAUCUUCAGCCACACCAUGGGUGGGGCUCAGCACGAGAUCCCGUUCAGCGCUCCUCGUCUCGACAGAGGUUUUUCUUCGCCCAGCCUCCUGGGCACUGAAUCUCUUGUGCGCGAGAUGAACAUGACUUCGCCAGCAUCGCCUGGAUCCGGGUUAUAUGAUCCUAACGAGCCCGCCACACCUCGAACUCCCGAUGUGCCUCAGCACAACUCCUUAGACCAGUCAUCCACAUUCGCGAGCCAAAUCAGUGAGCCGACACCGAAAGCUCGGCCAGGUGCAUCAAACCGCCAGAUCAGUCUUCCUGUGACUGCGUCUCACUACUACGAUCCUCUCGAUCCGAAUACACACAAUCUAGAAUACGCGUCCAGAGUAAGUGGCUUCGACUUUGUUGGCGCUCAGAAGGAAGCAGCAGUCGGUGCCUCUGCUUACGAGGAUACAACAAGAGGGUCAAUCGCCAGUAGUAGCGUCGCAAGUGGGUCGCAAACAGGUGAAGCACAGGAGCCAUCGCCAUCCGCAGAAGUGCCUUCGGUACCAGCUGAACUUGACAUCAGACCUCCUCCAAGAAGGCUGGGCAAGCUAGUGGCCACUCCCGACUCGUUCGUACCAACCCUCGUUCUCAACAUCGAUAAGAGCAAGACCUCUUGGGGAAGACUGGCUAAUAACACAAUUGUGUAUGACGAAAGUCGAGACACUCGCAUCCCCAAGACUGCUUUCAUUAUCUUCUGGUACUCUUCGGGUGGCGACACUGCCGAGACGGUGCAGGACCUUUCCCAAAAGAACAUGGACUGGACAAGUCUUGAGAAGCUCAAUGUGGGUAUCUGGACAUGUGCAACUCACGGCAUCUCAAUCAACGGCAAGCACCUGAAGCAGAAGGACGAGAGAGGGAGAGCGCUGUUCGGACACCUUCACACUGGCGACAUCAUCCAGGUGUACCAGGACUCACGCGGAACCGAAAGCCUGAAGUUCCGCUGCGAGUUCAACCUGGGGUCUGGAAAGGAUCCAAGACCUGCCAACACCAGCUUCCAGGUUCUCCGGCAGUAG